GCGUUCUGCCCCGUUAAUUCUGGUGUCUUCUCUUUUCUUUUACUCUCUUUCCCUUGUAUCUCCAUUUUGUCCUCCCUUCUCCAGAUAAAAUCCCAUGACCUGCCCGGUCUUACUCGAGGAAGCUGGUCGCAAGAGCAGGGUUAUUGAUGAAACCAAACCAAUGUUGGUGGUAGAUAGCGCGUUGCCCAUUGAAAAGUAUGAUCGCACCCUUUUCUACAACAUAGCAUUGAGCGAAACAUCUGAUAUCAUCAAACGAGUCUCCGUCACCCUGGAUGUGGAAACAGCGCAUGCGGGGCUCGAGGUGUCUGAGGAUCGGAAGAGGGUGAGACGGACCUGGACCGAGAGGAGUCUCCCUGACACCGGAAAGAGGUUUACAGACAGUCGGUGUGUGCUGGGAUCAGAGGGAUUCACAUCGGGGAGACAUUACUGGGAGGUGGAGGUGGCGGGGAAUCAGUGGUGGUGUCUGGGAGUCGCCGUAGAGUCUGUGGACAGGAAGGGAGGGGUCGAGCUGACCCCGGAGACUGGAGUCUGGAGCAUCGGCCGGGAUGAUGCUGGGGCAGCAAAUAAAGUUGCUGACAGCGCCGCGCACCCUCUAGUGGUGGUUGGGAGUCCUGCAACCAGCCGUCAGCAACAUGAACUCUCGGCCCUUGAGCCAAGGAGGAUCACCUAUGUCGCGGCACUUGGCAGUGUCGGACCCUCCAAAGGCUGA